AUGUCAUGUGGAGGUAAUCUAACAAAACGUCAAGCAUGUGCCAUAGAAUCUGCUGCCAAAACACAUCCGAGAAGACAUAUUUAUGUGUUAUUUAGUUCUCCCGUCAACGAAGAGAUUUUAAUGAGUAGAAAUCUUGCGACGCUGCGUUUAAAACGAAACAUUCACUAUAGAAGGAUUCAUUUAGAAGAAUACGCGAGAGCAACGCCUCUCCUGCAUUUAGUUUCUAGAAAGGUGGUCUAUGAAAGCAAAUGGUGGGUUGAGCAUGCAGCCGAUGUUCUGAAAAUACUGACACUGUUUAAAUAUGGAGAAGAAGAAGAUGCGCUGCCAUCGGCCGAAGGCGUGCAAUUUUCUCCCAGACCGCAGUCCAUUUUCUUCCAUGAAACUUCGUGUCGUGGAAGUCUGACAGCAAGACAAGCUUGUGCAAUAGAAUCAGCAGCUAGAGCAAAUCCUCAAAGAGACAUUUACGUAUUAUUCAGCGCUCCAGUCAACGAGCUAAUGUUGACCAGCGGCAAUCUUGAAAAACUGAAGUCAUUGCCGAACAUAAAACCCGCUAGAGUGCACUUAGCAAAAUAUGCCAAGAAAACUCCUUUAGAAGAAAUGGUGCAGAGUAAACCUUUUGAGACAAGCAAGUGGUGGAUCGAGCACACAUCUGACAUAUUGAGAUCUUUAACGUUAUUUAAAUUUGGAGGAAUUUAUCUUGACACAGAUAUGUUGGUUGUCAAGUCACUGACGCCACUCGGACCCAAUUGGGUUGCAAAAGAAGACAAUACUUUAGUGAAUUCUGCAGCAAUUGCCAUAUCCACUGAUCAAAUUGGCCGAAGAUUAGCCAAUGCUCUUAUAAAAGAACUGAAAACUACAUACACGCCGGAUAUCUGGAUACACAAUGGCCCGGGCGCCAUAACCAGGGUGCUAGUUAAAUUCUGCAAAACUCGCCACGCAAAUAAAUGGACUUCUAGCAGCUGCAAUGGACUGGAAGUAUACAGCCCCGAGUACUUUUAUCCAGUUUAUUACAAUAGGUGCAAAGUCUACUUUGAGCCUGGAGAACUGAAUACAGUCACGAAAAACGCUUACGCAUACCACCUUUGGAACAAGCUAACGCAUAAUAUGAAGAUUGAAAAAGGAUCACCAUUAAUGGGAAUGGCAGAAGAAUUUUGUCCGUCAAUAUUUCAAAUGUAUGGCGACAGCUUUGGAGAUGUAUGA